AUGUAUCUCAUUCAGCAGGCCCUUGAAUAUGGCGCGCCACUAUUUCUUGUCUCGUCCCCUUUGACAUCCUACCUGGACCAAAUUCUCAGCAUCCAUCGGACCAGAAGCUCGGCCGGGUUCUCUCUUGACAUUCCCUUGAUUAUGCUUGUCGCGUCGAUUUUGAAGGUCUUCUACUGGUUCGGCGAAUAUUACUCGAAAACAUUGUUGGCUCAGGCGCUAGUGAUGAUCUUGGUGCAAAUUGCGCUGCUCAAGGUGGCUCUGGACAAUCGACCUGCCGUGGGCGCGAGAAACGGCAUUGAGCAUGCACCCUUCACCGGUGGCUCUUCCAAUGACUUCCAACGGCCUUAUGACUUUUGGCAAUGGAGGAACACCAAGCCAUACUGGCUGUUCCUCGCCUACUUUUCUGGCGCCCUCUUCGUCCUCCACCUCACGCCCCUCUCCGAUUCCGAAACCUAUAUCAGCACUCUGGGUGCGGUCGGUCUUGCCGUUGAGGCUGUGUUGCCCCUUCCUCAAAUCGUGGCGAAUCACCGCUCCGGGUCCUGCAAGGGCUUCCGCGUCUCUGUCAUUGCAGCCUGGAUUCUGGGAGAUGUCAUGAAGAUGAGUUAUUUCUUCUGCAGCCAGGAAACCAUCCCAUGGUCCUUCAAAAUGUGCGGUAUCUUCCAGUGCAUCUGCGAUCUCUACCUUGGCUUCCAGUACUGUCUUUCUGUGGGCCUCAUCCCCGGGUCGUUCGUCCCUUCCUCGGGCCGGGCUGCUGGCAGCUCUGUCAACCACGAAGGUCGUUGGGGUCAGGAGGAGAAGGACAUUCGCAUGACUUAA